CAUCGCAACAUGGUGGACCGAAUUGCAUGCACAGGUCCGGUGGUCCUCCUCCGCUGAACUGGCUACCGGCCCGUGCGCGACUGGAGCCACACUCGUGUAAGCGCCCAGCAUAAGAGGUCGCCACUCAACUCGAACUCGACCCAUCCACUCUUGUUCUUGGCCCCCAUGACGGCUCCCGCCCCGCGGCACGAAACACUUUCGGAUACUACACAUCACCUGUAUCCAACGAAUCAGCGUAUGAUACUUGUGGACUUCGGGAAUGUGGCGUCCAUCCAACCGGUCGUUGUCCCGCCUGUGACACAAAGCCCAGCCUACUCCGACGCAUACGACAGUAGUUCGGAGACAUUCGCGGAAGCCAAUAAGGCUGAACGCAUUGCUGUCGUUGGCAACGCCACUCCCCUCAACGCAGUCAAAACGCGUCCGCGUACGCGACGCGUCCCGGACUACGACAUGAUGCGCUUUAUGACAGCAUUCGAGAUGGUGGAGGAGCUGCGGAACCCCAGCAUUACCAUCGCCGAGCCGCUGGUCUUCGCAGCACCUCGACCCAGGCGCCCCAUACAGGUCGACAGGGCCAACAUAUCCGCGAUUGUCGAUCAAGACUGGGAGCUUCGGGAAGGUCGGGUGUCUCUGAAACAUGCAAAACAAAACACGGUCCAUGACAGCCGCCAGAUGGAUAGGUUCGCCAACCAGGCACCUCUACUGCUACACUCUUGCGACACCGAGCCCAUGUGGGUCGGCAGCGUUAUGGAGUAUAACACUCAAUAUGGCGCUGAACACCUUCGGAUCGACCAAGACACGAUCGUGAGCACUUCGUAUAUGCGGCUAUAUAUAGCAGAUAUACUCACGGAACAUCCAGAUCUCGCAAUUGACAAGCUAUGAGUCCGCGUCCGAAGGCUCAGACGUAUCAUCUGAGACGGCUUGUAGUCUUGGCCACGACGCUGGCUUGCUAGACACGCCACCCAACACCUACAAUUCCUCAAUCAUCGACCAGGAGCACGACGUCAGCGUAGUCGAUCCGCUCGGGCUGAAGACGGGUGACGGUCCCCUGCGC